CGCCAGGCUUUCUUUCCCUCCGUCUGGAUCACGAAGAUCUCCACCGGGUCGGAAUGGGGCGCAAGGCCCUGGGUGCCCCCCGGAGUCAGGUAGGCGUUCACUCCCACCAGACACCCAAAUUGGGCUUCAAGAGCCGCUGCCAAGCGCCAGCAUUUGUCGUCCCAUCGCUGAGGCUGGAGGACCUGUAGCGUACAUCCCUUUUGCUCGUGCAGGCGGGACAGCGUGCUUGCCGUGCCCUGCCCCCUAUUGGUCG